GCCCUUUUGCUCCUGCGAUCCUCUUCAUCCCACUUCAGUUCCUGGGUUGCCCUUACACAGCCACGCCACGUUCAUUGUCAGGCACCGGACGGACAAGGAUGUGGCCGUACGGCGCAGGCCCGCCUCCGGCUACGACGUCGUCGUCGUCGUCAUCACGGCCGGGCCCUUCAUCUCCUACUCCUUCAUCUCACUCUUACUCGUCAGCUUCAUCCUCGUCACGACCGACCGCGGCGCCUACGUCUCCUCGCUCUGGUUGGCACCCACCGCAGCCAUAUGGCAUGAGACCGGCUGGUCCUUAUCAUUCUGUAUCCACCGUCAGCGCUCCCUCUGCUAUGACGUCCACCAGUCCUUCAUCCUGGAAUCCCGCAGCGGCUACGAUGUCGUUUCCCCUGCCGGGCAGGUUGCCCAACCCUUAUGACACCCGGCCUCCCAACUCUGCACCACCGUCUUCCUCGCCAGCACUCACGACCGCUUCACCACAGCUCCCUCGCGCCCAGCAGCAGCAGCAGCAGCAAAGCCCUGCUCCUCAGGGCGAAGACCCCGCCUACCUCGCGGCCAUCGAAGCCUCCCGCGCCUCUGCAGCUGAAGAAGCCGCUGCCCGCCUACGAGCCCAGGCGGAAGAGGAUCAGGCCACCCUUGCCCGCAUCUCAGCUCUCUCCCUCGCCUCUGCCCAGUCAGAAGCCGCAGCCGCCUCGGAGCAAGAAGCAGCUCAGCUCCGCAGCGUAAUGAACGCCUCUCUCCAGGCAGAGGCUGAGCGUCGUGCUCGUGCUGAGGCUGAAGCGCGCGAAGAGGUGCGAAGGGCUAUGGAGGCUAGUCGAGCUGAGGAGGAGAGGAGGAAACGCGAGGAGGAGGAGGUCAUGCGUGUGGCGAUGAUCGAGAGUGCUGAGGAGCAUAGGAGGCAGGAGGAGGAGAGGAGACGAAGGAUGGAGAUGGAAAGGCAGGAGCAGCAGAGGAGGGAGGAGGAGGCUAGACGAGUAGCGCAGGAGCAGUGGAGACCUGAGAUGGGGAGAUCCGUGUCGCAGAGCAGUAGGAGUAGUAGGGGCAGUGCCAGGCCGCUACCCCCUGUGCCACAGCCGCAGGCGCAGCAGAGCGAGGUGGCAAGCCUUAACGGGGACAGCGUAUAUGAGGACCCGGUGGGCGAGGAAGCCGAGGAAGGCGACGACGACGACUCAGGCGAUGACCCCUUUGCGGACAGUGCCGAAGCUCCGCCGGAGUACAGCAACGUAUAUGCAGAUCGACCGCCCGAGGCCCCCAGCCGCGCUCCUACGGGCAUGUGGGACGAGGUGAGGGCAAGGCAUAUGGCUGCGGAGGCUGCUGCAGCGGUCGGAACGAACGGGCAGCAAAGAGCUCCGACUGACCCGAUCGAGGAGAAGAGGAGGAUGGAGGCACUGGGGGCAAGGAGGACCGCGAGCCCCGAGGCAGUGGCGUCGACUUCUGCGACGCCAAUCAAUGGCAAUGCAGAGGCGGGCCCAUCGACGUCGAGUUCACCUGCUGUCGAGGAGAAGAAGUCGUCCUCCGUUUCCACCGGCCCAAGCGUGCCACUCGGCCUUUCGUGGGGCUGGUCGACCCAUCCAUUCGCCAUCUCUCUCGACCAAGGCGAGCAGGCCUCCAGCUCAAGCUCCAGCUCCGCCUCAAGCUUCCCCAACACCAUCUCCCUUCACCUCCCAUCCGGCCCCUCCUGCUCAAGCUUCACAUUGCGCUCAGGCUCAUGGCGUCUCCUGCUGCGCGCCCUCGCCUGGCUAGGGAACACAUCGAUCACCUCUGCCCACGAAGCAGAUACAAGCACACAGCCUCGCCUCUUGGUGGAUGUGGAGCUCGUCACCCCCACUCCCGCAACCCAAGCACAGCAGGAGCGCUCUCGUCAGCAAGGUGGUGGUGGUCGUCAAGCCUGGCCCUCAGCAGCUCCCGUAGCAUGCGUCGCCGUCUCGCUUCGCCUCUCCACUCAGCCUCCAGCUAGCAGCAUAGCUGCUGCUCAUUCGGCUUCCCGCGAGUUGGACAGCGAGUACACAAAGCAUGGUUCGAGACGCAAUGUACUGCCUACCACUGCCGGUGGAACAGGACUAAAGAUCCCGUGCACUUUGCUGGACGUCGCACAACAUCUCUCUGCCUGUCGGGGAGCUUCGGCUCAAUCAGGAGGAGGAGGAAGGAGGGGGGAGAACGGGCCCAGCGCCAAUGGGCAUGGCCAGUUCUCAGCCGCAUCACAGCAGGGCCACCAUCACAUCGUCCCCGCCCUCGCGCAUCGAAUUGAGGAGCACGACCUCGCCUUCAUCGAACGCGGCCCCGUCCGACGCGGUAUCGACCAUGCAGUCGCAUCGCAAGUUGGUCGUCGUACACUCCUCGACUCUUUCUUCGCAACUACCGUGCCGAGAGGAAGAGAACGCGUCGCUCUGCUCGAGCCACCGGGUAUGCUACUGCCCCAGCCGGGGGAUGGUGACGACGACGACCGCGACGAUGACAAGGUGGAAUACGGGGCUCUCGCCCUUGACGGGGAGGGGGGCGGGGAAGGGGAGGACGAGGACGACGCCUCGCCUUCGUCGCGCAGGCAGAGGAUGCGGGAUAGGAUGCGCAGGAUCUACCAUGGUGAUGAGGCGCGAAGAGGCGCAGCGGGAGGGGAUGGGGAGCUGGCUAAUUGGAUCACGCCUUUGGAUCUCAGCAGGGUGGGUUGAGCGAGUGAUCCCAGCAAUCAGGCGACGAUGGCGAUGGUGAUAGAACGUAGAUUGUUAUGUAGCACGAUACGUUGACUUUGACGAGAUACCUCGAUGAAUACAUGACCUCACGACGGGCUUGGUCGUGACAUCGC